AGAUUAUUGAUUACUUGAUUUAUUCUAAAUUUACUUCUAAUACUUGUUCGGUGUUCUGAUUGGUGUCUCCUGGGCUGUUGAUUUGCGUUCAAUCAUGGGCAUUCCCAAAUUUUACCGGUGGAUUAGUGAGCGCUAUCCAUGCCUGAGUGAAGUAGUCCGUGACUACCAGAUUCCCGAGUUUGACAAUCUGUACCUUGACAUGAACGGAAUAAUUCAUGUCUGUUCACAUCCAAACGACGAUGAUCCGUUUUUCAGAAUAACGGAAGAGAAAAUCUUCAAAGAUAUUUUCCACUAUAUUGAAGUUCUUUUCCGGAUAGUUCGUCCUAAAAAGGUAUUUUUCAUGGCUGUGGAUGGCGUGGCGCCAAGAGCUAAAAUGAAUCAGCAGCGAGGAAGAAGAUUUCGGUCUGCGAAGGAAGCCGCAACAAAUGAAGCAAAGGCUAUUGCGCGCGGAAAAGAGCUUCCCAAGGAGGAGCGAUUUGAUUCGAAUUGCAUCACUCCUGGUACCCCGUUCAUGGAGCGUCUGGAUGAACAAUUGCGAUAUUUUGUUUCCCGGAAAGUGUCUACUGAUAAGUACUGGCAAGGAUUGCGUAUUUUCCUUUCGGGGCACGAGACUCCAGGUGAAGGCGAACACAAGAUAAUGGACUUUAUACGAUACGAAAAAUCCCGCAACGAAUACGACCCGAACACUCGUCACUGUUUGUAUGGUCUGGAUGCCGACUUGAUCAUGCUGGGACUGUGUUCGCAUGAGCCGCAUUUUUCCCUUUUGCGUGAAGAGGUCAAAUUCUCCAAUUCAAAAGAUAAGAAAGGAGCCAGCAGAACAGCGUGUCCAGAAGAAACAACGUUCCAUCUUUUGCAUCUAUCUCUAAUGCGAGAGUACCUGGACAUGGAAUUUUCUGAAUUGAAGGGAACCCUACCUUUUGAAUAUGACUUGGAGCGCAUAAUCGAUGAUUGGAUCUUCAUGGGAUUCUUAGUUGGCAAUGAUUUUAUUCCCCAUCUUCCGGAUCUCCAUAUCAAGCACGAGGUGUUACCGAAGUUGUGGAAUGUCUACAUUAGUAUAUUGCCAAGUAUGGGAGGCUACAUAAAUGAAAGUGGUGAACUGAAUCUUUCUCGCUUUCAAAAGUAUAUGGACGCAUUGGCCUGUUUGGAGGUGAAGUCUUUCUUCGAGAAGUUUUGGGACUUGAAGUACCUGCAAAGUAAAAGGGGAAAUUCUGGUUUCAAUGAGGCGAAUGAAGAUCCAGCGGACUUGGUUUGUCUGGACGACCUUCAAAUCGACAGGCCUGUAAAUGAGCCGUUCUCAUUCCCAAAUUGGGAUUCAGAAAGAAUCAAACUGUUGAAAGAUAGUGACGACGAGAGUGACGAUGAUUACGAGAAAACACUGAACGAUCCCGAUUUUCAGAAGUUUUUUCGGGACUACAAGAACAAUUAUUACAAGGAAAAGAUGCAUUACGACAUAAAGGAUCAGGCAGGUUUGCGUGAACUGGCACUUGGAUAUGUACGGGCAAUCCAGUGGAAUUUGCAUUACUACUAUCACGGCGUGCAGUCGUGGUCGUGGUUUUUUCCUCAGCACUAUUCUCCAUUCAUCUCUGAUGUGACGAACUUCGCUGGAUUUGACGUAUCAUUUGACAUGGGUCACCCUUUCCUCCCGUUUCAACAACUCAUGGCUGUGCUGCCUCCCGCGAGCAAGAUGCAUGUACCACCAGCUUAUCACUGGCUAAUGGAGAGCACGGAUUCGCCUAUCCUUGAAUUCUACCCGCAGGAUUUCGAAACGGAUCUGAACGGCAAAACCCAGGAGUGGGAGUCAGUUGUUCUUAUACCUUUUAUUGAAGAGGUGAAGCUUCUUGGUGCCUUGGCACAAUGCGAACAGAAACUGUCUGCUGAAGAGAAAGCUCGCAAUAAGCACAGUGCUAUGGCUUUAUUUCAAUGGACUUCAGAUGAUCUGGGGUCUUACGCAGCUCCUGCCCAUUUCCCUAUGAUUGAAGCCAAUCAUGCGAAGUUGGAGUUGGUUGACCCGAGCAACUGGAAAGUUCCGAAGGAUCAACUUGUAAAGGGAUUAUGUAAAGGAGUCAGAUUGGAUGUUUAUUUUCCUGGAUAUCCGACUUUCAAACACCUCGAUUUUUCAUUCGCCCUGGAAAAAGCUGAAGUGAAAGUAUUCCAGUCCCGUAGUCGUUCAGAAAACAUGAUUCUGUCCCUGAAAAGUGUGGAUGCUUCUGACGUGCGUUCAAUUGCGAAAAACCUAACGGGGUCAACCAUCUACGUUGGCUGGCCGCAUUUAGUUGAGGCACUUGUUCAUAGUGUAAGCACUGCUUCUAAGCGAUGGCAUCUCAGUGAGAACCGCGGAGAAAUCGUGGAGAAAGGGCAGAACGAACGGCAGUCUGCGGCAUGGGAUGCUAGCGUGUCAUCUAUCGAAGACAAAUAUGAAAAUAGACUUGGCGUCCGCAUUGGUGAAACGCAGGUUGUUGUACAUGCGAAGCAAGUCGUGGGUCGGGUUUAUUCAGUCGAUCGGAAAGGCAGUGUGACCCUGGAUAAGGUUUAUGCAGAAAAUGCGGCAGACUUUUCGUUACAAAGCAUUGUACGUGCCCUCAAAGUGCAAGAGAACGAGUGCAAAUUGUUCAAAUCCAUCAAAGAACUCUUCCCCGUGAAAAGCGUAUGCUUCAUGCUUACGUCGGAAUAUUACGGUUCUUUGGCUGUGGUUGUUGAUCACGAUCUGGGUGUGAAACAACGAUUGAAAAUGAAGCUGGCCCAGCUUGCAGAACCCGUGGUGAACAUUGCUAAAGUUACUGAACAGCUACCACUCGAAGAAUAUUAUACAGCUUAUCAAAUCGGCCAGAGGGUGAGAUUGUCGUCCCAUGUGGUUUCGCGUCUCACGGGAACUGUGUUUUUGAACAUCACUCCGGAAGCUGAGGGCGACAGGCCGAUGAAAAUAAACAUUGGACUGAAUUUAAAACUCAGUAAGAAGAAUACUGCAGCUGUUGGAUAUGUUCGACGAAAUCCGGAUUUAGGAUGGUCGUAUUCUGCUGCUACUGCCGAGGUCUUGAAGGCUUACAUGGACGAAUGGCCUGUCGUAAUCGAUCAUAUCACGAGGAGUUCUGGCAAUGAUGUUUACGACGAUAUAGACGUCUUCAGAACUCAGCCGAGAGAACAGGCCUUAAAGUUGAAAUCAUGGUUGGAGGCUCAACCAUGCGCGUCAGCUGAUCGUGAAACUUGUGGCUCUCCUUCUGUUCCUUUGGGCGUGAUCAAAUCUCUGGAUAAAGCCGUCAAAGAAAUGAAACUGCGCUGUACUGAAGAAGCACCACAUAUGAUUCGUAUUACCACUAAGCCACACCUAGUUUUCAAGCCAAGUGAAUACAUUGGAUCUACGCUUCCAGACCCAGGCACUGAGUUUGCCUUGUAUGAUCGGGUUGUGAACGUACGGGAGUCUUUCACGGUUCCAUUGGGAGCAAGAGGUUUCAUCACAGGGAUUAUCCCAGGACUGAAGGAGUGCGACACCAUGUACGAGAUUAUGUUUGAUCAUCCCUUCAGUGGAGGUCUAUCUGGAGAACGGUUUUGCGGCGACGAGAGAGGCUACAGAAUGCUUGGAAAUUCACUUAUCAAUAUUACAUGGGGAUUGGAAAAGUGGCACAGGAACAACUCGCCGCCCUCACAGAAUACUUGGGAUGGAAAAGCGAAGUUGAACGGUAAAUCUGACGAAAAGAAUGUGUGGACAAACCGAGUCUUUGCGAAGGAAAAGCUCAACAAUGAGCCUACGGGAUCUUCAGUCGCCUCGCCACCGCAGCCAAGUAGUCCGAGAAAGGCUGUAAAACUUUCUGCAGUUCAACCAGGAAAGCCUUCUGGGUUUGGACCUGCUCUUCUACCCACGCCCAACGUAGCUCCAUUGAGAGAACUCGCGACACCAUCACACGACGUAUCCGUUGCCAUAGCAAGCAAUAGCCGCGAAGGCAAGGAUAUCACGGAUAUUUUAACGAAGCUAGUGACGCCCACACGGCCGAAAGUAGAAAACACAACAGCAUCGCCAGUGACUCAACGAUUUGCUGCCAAAGAGCAGCGUGCAGAGGCCUGUUUGGAAUUAUUUCCUGGGAAUCCGAUGAAUGCGUCAAAUCGCAAGGUUGAAAACUCGUCUUCGGAUUCCAUAAUGAAUCAAAGUGCAUCGUUCACGGUUGACCAAUUUUUCAAGCUGAUAGAAAAUUCACCCAAAGCUGCUCCUCCUGUACCUGCUGUUCCUGUGGAGCAUGUAGAAACCGAGAAAACGAAAGUAUCUGCGUAUACGACGUUCAUGGAAUUCAUCGAUCGUCAAGGAUUCCGAAUUGAAGGGAGGAAAGUGUUCGACGAGGACGGCAAAAAAAUUGCGAAACUAGUCUUGCCCACUGGGAAGAUUGUGGUCGGAGAUCUGAAGCCCACUCAAGAGGAAGCAUUGGAAUCCGCUUCUCUACGUGCUCUAGAAGAAAUGCGAAUUUUGCAUUCCAGUGGUUGCAUUGUGGAGCAACAAGGCUCAAAAGUACCAUUCCCGGAGCCACCGGAUGUUCCCGAACAUGACGAGGACUUUUUAUCCAUGCUUACUAUACAAAAUAGGGCAGAUCUGUGCGGUCCAUUAGAAGGGGUCGACUUCUCACAGCCUCCCCCUGUUACACCACGGACUGGGACGAAUUUCCCGCCUGCACCGAAAACUUCCUCAGGGAAAUACUUGGAUGACCUGGAGGAAGUGUUUCAAGCCUCAUCAUCUCCUACGAUCGCAUCGUCUCCCGCAGCAGCGCGUACAACACCGUCGAAGAUGCCGUCUGCAUUUGUCCCGUUGCAAGUGCUCAAACAAACAACGCAUAUGCCGUCUAGUUCACCUCCCGUAGCCGCAUCCAGUCCGUUGUCUGUUCGCACGAAGUUAUCUUCGUCUAGCUCGGAAUUAUCUGGCUCAACCCCACAGGAGGAACCGAGAGCUGCCCGGGUGAAUUCUCUCUUUGCCGUGCCCGAAGGAUUCGACUUACGACCAAAAAUUCCGGAAAAAAGCAGAGUCGCGAUCAAUUUCACUGCACUUCGCCUACCUAUUGGGAUGCGCAAAGCUAUGACGUCUCCCGUGUUGGGCAGACCCGUUCAGGAAGGGGACACGGGGAAGGUAGGUCAUUCCAUCUUCAGUUUUCAGGAUACCGCUUCGAACGGGUUGGCAUUAAAUAAGGACAGUACUUGCGUAGUGGUUGCUGGGCGUCACAUCUUCAAGAUAUUUUCGAUCAGAGAAGAUGUUUUCGAGGAGAAGGCGAAUUUGAGAACAGGCAAAAAUAUGAACUUAAAUUUUUCGUGCAAUGAUGUAGCCUGGAAUUGCAUUGAUGAUCAUUAUCUGGCUACCGCUGCGACGAAUGGAUCGGUUGUGAUUUGGAAUUUAUUGAAGCCUGCUCGAUCGAAGCAGGAACACGUUUUUCAAGACCAUUCGCGUACUGUGAACAAGGUGUGCUUUCACAAUUCGGAGGCGAACUUAUUGCUGUCCGGAUCUCAGGAUGGUACUAUGAAACUAUUCGACAUCCGACAGCUCUCUGUCGCCCUUACAUUUUUCAGCAACACAGAAAGUGUCAGAGACGUGCAAUUCAAUCCGCACUUUGGACAUCAGUUCGUCGCUGUAUCUGACAACGGAACUACUCAAAUCUGGGACUCCAGACGUCCGGACAAAAUCGAUCGUCAAUUCACGUCUCACUCCGGUCCUGUGUUCGCCUGUGAUUGGCAUCCACUCAAUCGAUCGUGGCUGGCGACUGCUGGUCGGGAUAAAACUAUAAAAGUUUGGAACGUCGACCAGAAAUGUGCCUUGGAGCAUACAGUGUGGACAAUCGCAUCCGUAGGACGUAUCAAGUGGCGUCCGCAACGAAAUUUCCAUAUCGCAAGCGCGGCGUUGGUCGUCGACUGCAGCGUGAAUGUUUGGGACGUACGACGCCCUUACGUCCCUUUUGUGUCGUUUAUUGAACACAAAGACGUUUGUACGGGUAUCGCAUGGCGUGGUAGUGAUCCUCAGGUGUUCCUUUCAUCCUCGAAAGACGGGUACUUGUGGCAGCACUCUUUUGAAGACGGCAAGUUACCUUCCGAAAAAACGAAUCCUGUUGCUUUGGCCUUCGGUGUUCAAGAUGAUUUAGCUUUCGCCGCUAUCGACCAAUCUGUCAAGGAUCUUGUCAACGCAAAUGGCCUUGCUACAUCAGUAGGUCGAACCAUGAUCGGGAAUAUCAUUACAAGGACAAAAUCGGGUGCACCAACUGAAAUCUUUGUUAGCGCCAGAAGUUCUUUCAACUUUUUCGGACUGCAAAAAGAAUCUUCAGCUGCUCAAAGGAAUUCUUUCGUGGGAAUAGCGGAAGGCUAUAUUUUAGCGGAUCAUUCAUUCGCAGAACUUUGUGAUCACAAUGCCUCAAUCGCCCGCAAAUACGGAAAAGAGCAAUCAGCGCUGACCUGGCAGAUAUUUAAAUUGUUGUUUGACGUCAGCGAGAACAUAUGUUCAAAUCCAGUGAGGGACGUUAUGAUGAAAAGUGAAGAGCAUUCGGGUGUACCCUCGGGUAUGGGAAGUGGCGAUCCGGAAAAGAGAUCCUUGCGUCACGCAUCUGGAGAUAAUAAGUCCACGGUGGAAAGUAUUGUGACGAGAAAUGAGGUUUCACAAUCCCUGCUGAAUGGCCCGUCUACAAGUGGUUCUACUCCUGGUGAACAGAGCGAUUCUGAAGACGGCGAUUUAAACAAACAGGAUCUGUCGAACUUUACUUAUGUCAGUCACGCCCAAAUGGAUGAUUUAUUCCAUGUUGGAGAACUUGAACUUGGCGUUGGUCCAUACAUCGAGUCAGCUGAGGAUGAGUUCAAUGGACAAGAUGUGCCCGAGGAGUGGCAGCUUCCGGUUGAAGCAUUUGAGUUGAAGCAAGAAAUUGUUCCUGUCGUUGACCCACUGAAUUCCGACUCUACGGUAACUUUUCCGGACCCAUCCUUGUCCUUGUCUCAGGUCCCGUUACUGACACCUGGUUAUGAUAUCAUGGGAUUGACCGAGAACACGGAUGGAGGUUCAUCUACCUUUGUUCAGCCAGCUACACAGGUGCUUGUGGAUGCUGGCCGUGAUCCACCUUGGGAUUUUCUUCCGAUUAUUGCCAAAAGUCUCGAACAUUUCGCAGAACAGGGUGAUGUUCAAGCGGCAGCUUCCAUGCUAUUAGUUCUUGGAUCCCGAAUCACGAGUUCUAUUCCUGAAGCUAUUCAGUUCUAUUUCGGCGACAGUGAAUUCGGAAAAACGGAAAUGUCGGACUUGAAGUCCCUCGAACAUCCGACGUUGAAGGUGCCGUACGAAGUAUUAAACAAAAAAUUUCGUGCCGCUCAGAAGAAUAUCGACCGCGAGGCCUCUUAUCUUCAGUCUGCAGUUGCAGAGAUGGAACGACAGCUGCAGAGCAAAUCCAACGGGGACGUGCUUCCGCAAAACGCGCAGGUUGUGAAACUCAUUGACACUAUCCUUGAAAAAAUCACGACCCUGAAACGGAAGGCGGAGGAAAGUCUCACUGAAGAAUGUGACGCCGCUAAACUUUGUAAGAUCCGCGUGGAUCACUUGUCUGAGAUGGAUACAACCGAUGAAGCGACUCUUGCUGUCUGGAAACAGCGGCGUCUCGACAGAAUGCUCGUUGAACAUCUUCUCCGCGCUGGUCACUAUAAUACGGCUGUGCGUUUAGCGCAGGAUGCUGGAAUCGAAGAACUGACUAACGCAGAUUUAUUUUUGGUGUCCCGAGAAGUUGAGGACAGUUUAAUGAAGCAUGAAACCACUCGUUGUCUUGCUUGGUGUCAUGAUAAUCGAUCCCGCUUGCGUAAGCUUAAGAGUUCUUUGGAAUUCAACGUAAAAAUGCAAGAAUUCAUCGAGCUGGUGAAAAGUGGACGCAGGCUUGAAGCAAUCAAGCAUGCAAGAAAACAGUUUUCGGCGAUGGAAGAAGAUUACACUGAAGCCAUGAAGCAUUUCAUGGGCCUACUGGCGAUGUCGAAGGACACUCAAGUUCAACCGUAUAAAGAUAUGCUGUCAGAAGACAGAUGGAAAUACCUUGUUGAGCUGUUUCGAUCCGACAAUCAAAAACUGUAUCAAAUGUCGAACCAGUCCGUAUUCUCUGUGGCGUUGCAAGCCGGUUUGUCAGCCCUGAAAACCCCGCAUUGCUACAAGAAGGGCAUUGAGUAUCGAAACCCCGAUUGUCCUGUGUGCCAAGACCCGUUAAACUCUCUUGCCGACUCCCUUCCCUACGCUCUUCGAGCUCGUUCGAAGCUAAUCUGCUACAUUUCUGGACUACCUCUGAACGAACACAAUCAACCUUUAAUGCUUCCCAAUGGUCAUGUGUACGGUGAACUCGCGCUUCAGCAAAUGGCCGUAGAAAACGAUGAUGGAAAGAUAAUGUGCCCGCGUACUAAGAAAGUGUACACUCUGAAAGAGUGCGAGAAAAUCUACGUGAUGUAAUCAGUGCUUUUUUUUUCGUGAUAGUGCGAUGAUCGCGUUGCUCUUUUAAUCAUCGCCUUUUUGUUUUUUUACUCCGCUGAUUUUUGUCGGAAGAUCGGAUUUAUUCAAUUUGAAAAUUAUCUGGAUCAAGCCGAGGUAUGUAUGAAUGCGGUGCUGGUCGUGAAAUGAAUGAAAAAAAAUGAAUCUGUGGACGUGUUUAUGUUUUUGUCGUCAAACUUUAUUUUGGGCGGGUUUCGUUCGGAAUACAGUCGCUCCCGUCUUGUUUUUAA